GCCACCAUAAAACGCUGGUAUGGGAAAUUAAAUCUACCCUUGGGUGCUGUUAAAAGUGAAAAGUAACUGCUUUAAAACACAUAAAAGUGAAUGACGCGUGACACAUGUUGGGGGGGUUCUAUCCAUCACACGCUGACGGCGUCAUCCGUGAAUAACGAGGAAGGUUAAGCAAACGCUUGCAUAAAGGAAGCAGUGUUAAUGAUAGAACAGUAAGUCUUGAUAAGACUAUAAACUGCACUCAUCCUCCUGUAUGUGACAGGUAGGUCAGCCCUGUUAUUGGAUAUAAGAAAAACUGGCAUGUCAUUGCUAGAAUGUGUUCAUUGGCAUGAACCAAGCAUGCAUGCUAUUUCCAUCUCCUUAGGAAUGUGGUAGCUUAAAGGAUGGGUGACACAUCAUUUAGCACUUUGUCGGCUCUGGUGUACUUACUAUGGAUCUGCGUCUCAUUUUGAGAAAAUGUUUCUAGACUUUGUUCAGUCGUGUUACAAGGGAUAGUAAUUCAAAUACUUCCACAACGUAAUUUUCCAAUCUCUCUCUCUUGCGUAUAGUGCAUUUUCGUUUUCUAACACUCUUGCUCUUAGGAGUAGUUGGUCUCUGUUUUUCCCCAAAACAAAAAAGCCCAUUAUUAGACUAUGUUCAGUCAUUUUACAAAAGACCAUGGUUAAAAUACUUCCACAGCAUAAUAUUCCAUUUAAAAUUUUCCUAUAUCUUGCAUAUACUGCAUUUUUAUUCAUGAAAAAGUAAGGUUUCAUAUACUUGACCUGUGUGCUAUGGUAACUGCACUUACCCCUGGUGCAAUCGCCCCUGACUGAUGAGAUGGCAUGUCUCUUACACAAACAUGGUCUUAAAUGGCUGCAACAGUGGGUGUCAAAUGACACGUGAUGUGGCAUGUGUCCAUGUGAGAAUGGGCACAACAAGCUCAGUAUUUGACUUGGAGGCUGUUUCUUGGCACUAACAGAAGCACACAAAUUGGCUUGUUUACUUUGGGUAGUUUUCCUGACUGAAUUUUUAGAUGAAGCUAUUAUGCCUUCAAGCUGUGCAUGGUUGGAACUAGAGAAUUGAGCCAAGCGUUCAGUUUAUGAGCUUGGCGGUUUCAACACCCUGUUCUAUGCGUAUCUGCAACACACUGGUUGAUUCAGAACCUGAAUGCUGUUUGGAAACCUAAUCUCCCAGUUUGAUACAAAAUAAAGCCAAAACCCCUUCCUCUUUAUUUCCUGUAACUCUAUCCUAGUGGGUUAAAAAUAUUAGCAGGGGUGCAGCUUUGCAGAAACUCUAGACACUGGGCUGUCACUGCUGCAAGAGAAGAGGUAGCAGAGUUGAGGUUGGCUUGAACAGGAGCAAGCAGUUCCACCUCUCUCCAUCCUGGCAUGCACACAGAUUGUUGAUUUUUGCAGCAGGGUAAGACGGGGGGAGGGCACCCAUGCCUGAAUCAGUUCUUGCGAAACUACAGAAGGCACAGCUGAUGCACUCCUGAGGUCUGUGGAGCCCUCUGCAAACAAGAGGGAUUGUUCCUGUAUGGAGCAGUUGCUCUGUAAAGCUUUAUAAGUUUGCUCCUACUUCAAAGAGGAAGAUCUUUGGGCUGUCAACUGGUGUCCUCGUAGAACUAUAUGUUAGCGGCUGUUCUUUAUGGUGCGUUUGACCUCUCAUGGCUGUUAGCUUCUGAGGAGCUUUGGAAAGAAUGUCCGUUGUCACCGCUGCUAUUUUGGCUAUGUGCAACAUCUAAUGAUUGCGAUCACAGCUCUGGACCAGGAGCAGUUGCUUUCCUGCUCGUUGACGUCUUAUUUUAUUUGUUAAUUUCGUGAGCAGGUUUGCCAUGUCGUGCUUUCCAUUGAAUUCAUUGGAUUAGGAGGCUCGUCUGCAUGGCAAGACACCUGCGAUUGCAUUUCGCUUCAAGGAGAAGCAACACAGACCCUCUGUCAGAGAGCUGCAGCCAUGCCGAGGAGGGUGGGCUCACUGUUGCCAGCCGUAGCUCCAGCGAGGGCCUGGCGCACAGCUCUGUCCACAUGAAGGUUACUCCGGGACAGCUGGCACUGGCUUUACCUCCCUUGUCACCAGAGUAUGGUAAUUUACAACGGCACUCCACCGUAUUUAUCCCCAAGGUUAAUGGAAGUGAAGCGAGCAGAAAAAGCACACUGCAGAUCUCCUUGCAGCCUUGCAAACAAAGCAGCGACAUUGACGGUGGCGCCGGGGAGGAUGGAGAGCUUGCGAGCUGUGUGGGUGGAAAUGGGAGCACGUACGAUGGAGGUUCCUGUAGCAGUAGCACGAGUGAUGCCGGUUACUGCAGCAGCAAUAGCAUCUUCGAACCGGAUGUCUCAGACCGAAGGGCGGCUCAGGAGAGGACCGUGUUGCGGCGGAAGACAAGGGUACCCUUGCGUCGCUGCUCUUCUCUGGUGAUCUUUCCACAGAGCCCCUGUACCUCGCCGCCUGCAUCCCCUGUUAGUCCAGUAGCAUCUCCCAUGAUUCCGCCGCUCCCUCCAUCUGCGCGAAGCUCCUUUCAAACUUCUCAUCAGAUGCAGCUGUCCAGUGCGGAUCCGUCACAAGAUGACAUGAAGGGAUCCAUCGCCACAGCAGUUAAUGGUUUGCGGCUGUCCAAAACCAGCUGUAUGUCGGCUGAGCAAAGAGACGCCAAACCUAUCGUGCAUUUCAGUGUACCCCCGGAACAACCAUCAGGACCAGAGCGAACAGAAAGACACUCCAGCGUUUUACUACACUUUGCAAACCAACGACCACUUCCUACAGGAAAAGGAGGUUCUGCCAAGACUAAGGUUAACGUUGACUGUUCUAAACCUCCUGAGGGCCCACAAUCAGACAACGUACCAGAACCCCAUAAGGUAAAGCUGUUCCGUAGCACCUCAGCAUGUAUGCUGCCAAGCGGAAGGUCAUCAUCGACAGAAAGAAGACACAACACUUGUCCAACUAGCAGUAAUUUGGAUAAGUCCUUAAAAAAAGGCUCUCAUCACAUCCUUCACAGAAGUAUUUCUCUGGAGUUACCCUGUGCUAAAACUGAGAUAUCUUGUCAUGUUUCAAAUGCAGCACGCAUGCAUUCUAAUAAUGGCCCUCCACAUGUACACAUUCAUGUAUCUCAAGGCACAGGUGCAAGAAUAUCAAAUACUCUAAAGGAUUGCGGCACAAACGACAAAGAAGAUCAUGUUCCAACCUGCAUGGAGAGAAAUGCCACCACAAGAGAUGAUUUCCUCGGGCAAGUGGAUGUUCCUCUACAUCCGAUCCCAACAGAAAAUCCAAACAAUGAACGGCCGUACACUUUCAAGGACUUCCUCUUGCACCCGAGAAGUCAUAAGUCCAGGGUAAAAGGUCACCUACGACUGAAGAUGACUUACCUGCCCAAAAACAAUGAUACGGAGGACAACCUCGCUGAACAGAACGAGAAUCUGGAUCCUGGUUGGGAGGUUUUGGAUCCUCAUGAACUGUGCAGUCCGCACCAGCCACACCAGCUGCCUGUGCUGCCCCCUGGCUGGGAGGAGAGGCAGGACAACCUGGGCCGAACCUACUAUGUCAACCAUGAAAGCAGGACCACCCAGUGGCACAGACCCACCAUACAGGACAGUCAGAGAGACGAUGAACAAAGACAGGACACACAGACCGAGUCUCAGCGCGCAUUCCUCAUGCGCAGACAAAUUUCUGAACACAACGGAAACCAUGAGCGCAGAGAUUCACCUGAGAGCUGGGAGAUCAUAACAGCGGAUGAGUCCACGCUCAGUAACAGCCACAGCGAGCGCUCGCCGCCACCCCCCCACUCCCCGAUGGAGUUCACAGGAUUUUGCGAGGAGUUUAACAGACUGCAGCCGGGAAAUGACAGACGCACAUCCCUCACGCCACAGGGUCACAGUAGUCGCAGAGGAAGUGGACAGACUCUCACAGUGGAGGAGCAUCCAGUUCACCCUGUGUUAUUACCCACCUCUGCUGGUUUGCCUCCGGGCUGGGAGGAAAAGCAGGAUAGUAAAGGGAGAAUUUAUUAUGUCAAUCACAACAGCAGAAUGACAACUUGGACACGCCCACUGAUUCAGCUCAUACAGCCGUCCUCAGAGGUGGCGGCGGGCGGAGUCAUGAAUCUCUCUCAGAAUCUCACAAGCUAUGCUCCGCCCCUGCACUCCCCAGACGUAUCGCCUCAGCACACACACGCUCGCACGGCAGAACAUGCAGGGCUGAUGCCGAUAGGCUGGGAGGUACGCAGCGCGCCAAAUGGACGCCCAUUUUUCAUAGACCACAACUCCAAGACCACCACAUGGGAAGACCCCCGGCUAAAGGUUCCCGUGCACAUGAGGAGGAAACUCUCCCUUGAUCCCUCUGACCUCGGCCCACUGCCGCCCGGUUGGGAGGAGAGGGUGCACAGUGAUGGCAGAAUAUUUUAUAUCAAUCACAACACAAAAAACACACAGUGGGAAGACCCAAGACUGCAAAAUUCAGCUAUCACUGGUCCAGCUGUGCCUUACUCCAGAGACUAUAAACAGAAGUACGAGUACUUCCACAAGAAACUCAAGAAACCAGCAGACAUCCCAAACCGCUUCGAGCUGAAUGUAAGACGGAAUGCUGUUCUGGAGGAUUCGUACCGGCGAAUUCUGUCUGUCAAACGACCAGAUCUACUGAAGGCCCGCCUCUGGGUGGAGUUUGAGGGCGAAAAGGGGCUGGACUAUGGGGGCGUGGCCAGAGAAUGGUUCUUUUUGAUCUCCAAAGAGAUGUUCAACCCGUAUUAUGGGCUGUUUGAGUACUCGGCCACUGACAACUACACCCUACAGGUUAACCCCAACUCAGGUCUGUGUAAUGAGGACCACCUGUCUUACUUCAAGUUCAUUGGCCGGGUGGCUGGAAUGGCCGUUUAUCAUGGAAAGCUGUUGGAUGCUUUCUUCAUUCGGCCCUUCUAUAAGAUGAUGCUGCAGAAGCCAAUCACAUUACAGGAUAUGGAGUCAGUGGACAGUGAAUACUUCAAUUCUCUCAGAUGGAUCUUGGAGAAUGACCCCACAGAUCUGGAUCUCAGGUUCACUAUUGACGAGGAGCUGUUUGGACAGACACACCAGCAUGAACUGAAGCCAGGAGGCGCUGAUAUCGUGGUCAAUGACAGCAACAAAAAGGAGUAUAUUCAUCUAGUGAUGCAGUGGAGGUUUGUAGAUAGGAUUCAGAGACAGAUGACUGCCUUCAAAGAGGGUUUCUAUGAACUGAUCCCUCUGGAUCUAAUCAAGAUCUUUGACGAGAAUGAGCUGGAGCUGUUGAUGUGCGGGUUAGGUGAUGUGGAUGUUAACGACUGGAGAGAAAACACUAAAUAUAAAACUGGCUACAAUCCAAAUCACCCUGUCAUCAUCUGGUUCUGGAAGACUGUACUGCUGAUGGAUGCAGAGAAGCGAAUUCGUUUGCUGCAAUUUGUGACAGGCACGUCCCGUGUACCAAUGAAUGGCUUUGCUGAACUCUACGGAUCCAACGGGCCACAGUUGUUCACCAUUGAACAGUGGGGCACACGAGACAAACUGCCCCGAGUGCACACAUGUUUCAACCGGUUGGAUCUUCCUCCAUACGAAUCAUUUGAGGAGCUUCGCGAGAAACUGCACAUGGCGAUUGAGAACGCUCAGGGCUUUGAUGGUGUGGAUUAGAUGAGACUCCAGCAGCCACGGCAAAAGUGUAACUAUGGCGACAGCAUCACGACUGUUGGUUUUAAAGCAGGCAGCACACGAGUGCACAUGGCUCUGCAGGAAAUAUGAAUGUCCAGUAAACUGACCUGAGAGCAGUUUUUGCAGCAGACAGGGUGAAUAUGGUAUUACGAAAAGUUGAUCAGCUGUCAUUCAGUUCCCCUAAUUGAAAAACAACAUAUUGAGGAUAAACCGAACUGUGUAAUGUGCUUUAUAUCACAAAUGUGUAUGUUUAUGAUGUUUACAAAAUAAAGUUUGGUAAUAUACUUCUGCAUACAGCGAUAAAGUAUGUUUCUAUGUAUGCUGUUUCAAAAAUAUCUGUAGAUUUGAAUCUUAUCUAUGCAUUUCAGCAUAAUUAAAGAAUUGUCUUUCUGAUAUGAGCUUUUAAAGUACACUUUAUAGUUACAGGGAAGGUGUGCGCUAUGUGGCAAAUAAGGCCUACUGAAAAUUUGCCAAAAUGCAGAAUAAGAGACCAUUUUAUCUUUGUUUGUUUUUUUUUCUCAAUAUUUUAUCUUAAUCAGUUCUUCAUACAGUACGGCUUUCACUUUUAUCACUUAAAUGUUUACAUGAUUUUUUUGUUUACAGAUACCCCACUUUUAAAACUAUAUGUUUGAUUAUUAAAAUCAAUCUUUUGUACUGGUUUUGAAUGUUGAAGCACUUUUCUAAAAACAGAGGUUUCAAGUCUUAUUGUGUAUAGAUCACCUCAGUCAAGCUCUUUUGUGAUUUUGUGACAAAUCAUUGCUUUAUGUAAUUUAUUAAAUGUUUACAACAUAAAUACUGCUUGAAGUAAACUUAUCGGACUGUUAAAUAACAUUGCCUUUAUUUGUAAUAUAAAACCAUUUGAUUCAGUGUCAUGAAGAACACCUUUAUCUUUUAACGGAGAAACACUUUUAAUGUCUAUACUGUUGUAUAAUUAGACGCUACUAUACGAACGUCCCUUGGGUUUCUACCGAUUCAAAGCAUUUCUGGCUCUGAUGAAAGGGAAGUUUCAGAAAGUGUUUUCUAUCGAAGCUUUAUGAGCAAAUGUGUCUUUCAUUUUAAAGUAAAUUGUGUUGAUUUGAAUUGCCAGUCUUGAUGGCUACGUAUUUUUUUUUUUUUUUUUUUUUAAAUAAAGAAAUACAUCUCUGCCCA